UUCGUCUCCAACCAUCAACCACAUGACAUAAAAAAAUCGCAAUCACAAAUUACAUAUGACAGUGCAAGUUGAUAGUGUGUAGUUAACGGCGCGAUAUAUUAAAUGAUCGUUAUCUCGAUCGGCUGAAAUCAUCACCGCGAAUUGUCAGUGGAAAUUGCUCGAGCCCCGAUUCAACCUGACUUGUUUCGUUACCAGUUGACAUAACCUCUCACAACCCAUCAAGAUGAAUCCCGAAGAUUACGAAACGCUUCCGACCGAUAAUGUAACAACACAUAUGAUCGCUGGCGCUAUAGCUGGCAUAAUGGAGCACUGCGUCAUGUACCCCUUGGAUUCCGUCAAGACCAGGAUGCAGUCGCUGGCGGCCUCCGGGUCGGAGGGAAUCGGCGAGACUCUGAUUAGAAUGGUGCGACACGAGGGGCUGUUCAGACCCGUGAGGGGGAUGUCGGCGAUGGUCGUGGGGGCUGGACCUUCGCACGCUCUGUAUUUCAGCAGCUACGAGUUUUUAAAAGAGAAUCUAAAGAGCUUUUUCAAUUCGCCUAAAUGCGAUACGUUAGCCUUUGGAGCAUCCGGAUGUAUAGCAACCUUGAUCCAUGAUGGAUUCAUGAACCCCGCAGAAGUUGUGAAACAACGUAUGCAAAUGACGAACUCCCCUUACACCUCGGCACUGAGAUGUGCCGUAAGCAUAUACCAAAAGGAAGGAUUCAAGGCGUUCUACAGAUCCUACACGACGCAAUUGACAAUGAAUGUACCGUUUCAAAGCAUCCAUUUUGUAGUGUACGAAUUAUCCCAAAAAGUGAUUAACAAGGACAAAGUGUACAAUCCCAAGGCGCACAUGGUCAGCGGAGGCCUGGCGGGCGGCAUAGCGGCCGCCAUCACCACUCCUUUGGACGUUUGUAAAACGCUGUUGAACACCCAACAAUCCACCGAUGCGAAGGGCAUGGUCGAUGCAGUGAAGACCGUUUACAGAUUGAAAGGGCUAUCUGGUUAUUUCAGAGGUAUGCAAGCCAGAGUGAUGUAUCAAAUGCCGGCGACGGCGAUCUGUUGGUCGACGUACGAGUUCUUCAAAUACGCAUUAGGGACGUCGUUGGACAUAAGAGUAAUAGGAGUGUCGAGUGCCAGCAGCAAUACGAUGGAUUCGAACGGUCCGGAUGCGGAGCAAUUGACGGAGAACGACGGGAUGAGGACGGAGAAGUUCAAUUUGAAGGCUCGCGAAUUGCCCGCGAUGUCGGGGGCCGGUCUGUACGGGUCGAUAUCGUUCAAUACGAUGCACAAAGCCGAUUUCCAACAGAAAGACUCGUUUAUCGAUAUAGCUCAUACAUAGUAUUGCUUUUUGAUAUGCAUUAUCUUUCUAAUACGAAUUAUCCCGAAGUUUUUGUUAUUUCCUUCACGAAUACCGCCAGUGAAAGUUUCCAUACGCAUUAAAAACAACACGAACAAUAGUAAUAUCAUUCGUAAUUAAAAACCCGAUGCAUCGUAAUGUACAUAAUGAGUGUUGUUAUCGGUCAUUCCAAUCACAUUCUAAGAAACUAUAAAACGAUCGAAGCGAAUGUAUUUUUAACAUGAAGUAAUGAAACAUAUUUAACCAGUAGAUCAUUUAUUUAAAAUGUGCAUUUGGUAACAAACCGCUGGUUUUUACAUGUCUUAUCUCCUUGGGAUUAAUGAACUCAAUGAAUUCAGGAUGACUCGUCGUUAUUGCACUGUAACAGUGCAUUAUUUUUGUUUAAAAAAAUCGAAACAGGAGUAAAUAAUGUGUACAAUAUACAAACAUACACUUUUAAAUAUCUUCAAUAUUAUUUAUAAUCUCAAACUGGGAUUUACUUCAAUUAUCGAAAACAAUGCGUUACUGUUGAUUAUAAGUAAGAAUUAAUGAAUUGUUAUUAAUUUGAACUGUUUGUUUUUGCUAAUGUCACUCACGUCUUUAGCGAAAAUGGUAUAGUAUUGAAAAUUGCGUAUUUAUUAAAAAAUCACGUUUCAAUUGGAUGUUUACAGAUUACUAGCGUAUUUUUAGUACUAUACAUUUUAUAUUUUAUUCAAAUAUACAUGUUUUACGAUUUAUUAGUUCCCUUUAUAUCCACAAAAUUGAGUACUCGACUCUUGCUAAUAGAUCCGUACAAACAACGUACUUGCGAGAUUUUAAUAAUUUUUCUUAAUAAUUAUUUUUACACAUAGAACUCAAAAGCUACAACAUGUAGAUUCCCAGAAUCAGUUUAAAAUAUUCUACAUAAAAUCUAGCAAGAGAAUUCGAAACUGUACAUACUACAUUUUUAUCAGAUUUUUAUUUCAAACUGACUCUGAAGAAUCGAUUUUUAACUUGUAACUAUUUUUUUUACUUUAAAUUGGGAUUCUCAAAUCGCCUGUUCGAUUAACAAUAACACACUCAUUCGAAGGUUUAAGAGCCGAUUUGCGAAUUCCGAUGUUUGGUAGAUAUUUCGACACGACUUAGUAACGCUUGUCAAGCUGUGAUAAAGUCCUUAUCAACGUUAUAGGUAUGAUAUUGACUUCGUUCAGAUGGGAGUACUAUCAUAUUGUUUUUAUGUUUUUUAUUUAAAAGAGAAAAUAGAUGUGUAGUCUCCAUCUAUUGUGAUAAGAGACCUUGUCACUACGUAAACAUGAAAUGUUAAUUCGUAUUGUUAAAAGAAAAAUUGAAUAAAGUGUUAACAUUUUGGGGCGUUUAGUUUAUUUACAUGAGCUUUUAAAUAUUUGGGCAUAAGUCAAUUUGACUUGUUAUGUACUGUGUCCAAAUUCUAGAACACUAUUAUAGGGAUCUUUUGGGUACAAGUUAAUUGGAUUUAUAGAUUGUACCAUUAUGUUCGACUAUUUUUGGAGGCGUUUAGUUUAUUUACACAAGCUUUUAUGCUUUUGGGCAUAUGUCAAUUCGACUUGUUACUUUGUCCAAAUUCUAUAACUAGUCAUAUUU